AAGUUGUGCAAGUUAUUUCAAAAUGAUUGGUCUUUUCUGUGUGGGUGCAAUUUUCCUGCUUUUAUACUACAUUUUAUUUUUGAAUCACAACUACUUUGUGAAGAGAGGUGUUCCCCAUCAUAAGGCUGUUCCAAUAUUGGGUAACGCGGCUCCAUACGUGCUUCAAAAAAGACACAUUUCCGAAGUGCUGCAGGAGUUAUGUGAUGCAUUUCCAAAGCAUGGUUUCUUCGGAUAUUUUGACUUUUGGUGUCCGGUGUACAUGGUGAAAGAUGUUGAACUUGUGAAAAAGAUCUGUAUCAAAGAUUUCAACCACUUUGUAAACCAUCGAACGCAGUUUAGUGCAGAACACGAUCCGUUAUUUGCAAACAGUUUAUUCUCAAUGAAUGAUUCAAGAUGGAGAAACAUGCGUUCUGUGCUGAGUCCGGCUUUUACGGGAAGUAAGAUGCGUUCAAUGUUGGAACUCAUGAUAAAUUAUUGUGAGCAAGGAGUGGAAAGCAUCGCAAGGAUGGUGCAUGAAAAUGCAAUGGAUCUUGAGAUGAAAGAUUUGUUUACGAAAUUUUCCAACGAUAUAAUAGCAUCGUGUGCAUUUGGAAUCGAAGUGAAUUCAUUGGAAGACCAAGAAAAUCAAUUUUAUACCAACGCGUGUGCACUAACUAGAAUGAAUGGAAUACAGGGAUUAAAGUUUCUUGGAUAUAUCUCCAUACCAAAGGCAAUGAAGUUUUUAAAAAUAGCUAUAAUCAACACAAAGAUGACGAAUUUCUAUCGAGAUCUUAUCAAAAGAGUUAUGAAGCUUCGUGAAACAAGCAAAAUUAUAAGGCCGGAUAUGAUCAACCUACUGAUGGAAGCAAAAAAUCAUAAGAUUGUGGCUACAGAUGAUAGUGAGGUGAAUGAUUUUUCUGGUAUUACAAAUGGAGAUUCCCCAAAAAAUAUCAGCAAAAUGAUUGCUUGGAACGAUGACGACCUUGCUGCUCAAUGCACUGUCUUUUUGUUCGCUGGAUUCGAAACUGUUGCCACGCUGACCUCUUUCAUGGCCCAUGAACUGGCCAUCAAUUCUACAGUCCAGGCAAAACUUCGGGCGGAAGUUGACGCUACCGGAGCUAAACUCAACGGUCGCCGGCCCACCUAUGAGAUCAUCCAGGAGAUGACAUAUCUGGACAUGGUUGUGACGGAAACGCUGCGCAAAUGGCCACCGGUUCCGUUCCUAGAUCGGCGAUGCACGAAGCCAUAUUUGCUAGAGGACUUGGAUGGUUCAUCAGUGCAACUUCAACCCGGAGACAGCAUCUGGAUCCCGACAACUGCAAUUAUGCGAAAUCCAAAAUAUUUUCCCCAACCUGAAAAGUUUGAUCCGGAAAGAUUUAGUGUGGAGAACCGGGGUACCAUUGAUCCAAAUGCGUUUAUAAGUUUUGGUGUUGGUCCCAGGAAUUGUAUUGGAUCGAGAUUUGCCCUGAUGGAGACCAAGACAACAUUCUUCUACUUGCUUUCUAGAUUUACUAUCGAAAGUGGACCGAAAACUCAGCACCCACUUGAAAUUAAAACAAGCUCGAUCACAAUGCAAGCCAAAAAUGGAUUCUGGGUAAGGUUCCGGAAGAGGUCCUAGAGGUUCUCGUUAGCUAACCAAUUACUUCGGUGAUUCUUGUCUUUCUUUAUGUGACUCAAGAAGAAAGAAAAACAGCAAAUAAAACAAUUCAACAACAAGAUUGAUCUUCUUUU